UUGGACCUCGAGAGCCACCGUAGAGUACGUGUUUCUGUCAUGGCGGUCCUAUGGUGUCAUUUUGGAGUAUUUGGAGUACAACAUAUGUUUUUACUGUAGUAUAUCAUUAUUUGGACAUGGCAGGAAGCUUCCUAGUAACAUUGUAUGAGUACUCACCACUCUUUUAUAUUAGCGUGGUUUCUUUGUGCUUUUUAGUUACCGCCGCCAUGGUGCUCGGCUGGUUUGGCUUUGACGUCCCAGUGAUUUUACGCAGCUCUGAGGACACAGACUUCCUACCUAGCCCCGAAAAGCAAAUGGUUCAGGUCACCAACCCCUUUUCCCUGGAGAUGGGCUCUGGACGUGCCUCUGUUGCCAACGGUGUGCAGUUGAAGCCCUGUUGUUUGGAGCCCUGUGUCCUUAGCUGCUUCUGGGGCUGCGAGGUCGGUGCCCUACAGGAAGCCCUGCAGGGGGGAGCCAGGCUCAGUACACCCCAACAUUUCCAGGAAGCACUGCGUCACCGUUACCUCCACUGCCAGAGCUUCGACGUCAGCAGUGCAGACCAAGAGGAACAUCACACACACAUACCCGCUGAUCAGGGAAUCACUGAUUUGGGCCCGUUGCCCAGGCAACGCUAUCCGCUUGUGGCGGUGCUGACCUUGGCGGGACAAGAAGCCCGAGAUACUUACAACUUUGUGUCCAGUGUGAGUGUUGUUCACGUGCCUGAUGAGAAAUACAAAAUGUCUGCAAGGAUCCUCUUUCAGUACCUCCUCACCUCUCAAGGGAGCAUGUAUGACUUAAAGCCUCUCUUCAUGUCAGCUAACUCCAUGGGGGACUCUGACCCGACCGAGCUCCCCGCUGCGCCUGAGGACGAGGAGGAGGCUAGCAGGGUGUCAUCAUCGGUGCUUGAGGAAGAGGAAGAGGACGACUGGUCUGAGGGGCGCGGCAGAGACUGUGUGGUGUGUCAGAAUGCGUCCGUCAACAGAGUCCUGCUGCCCUGCAGACACGCGUGCGUGUGCAACAGCUGUGCGUGUCGCUUCCAACACUGUCCCAUCUGUAGGGCCUUCAUCCUGGAGUCCUUCGCCCUCACUCUGCCUCCGCCUCAACUCUGACAUCAAACGUUUGGACUUUGGUCUUGUGAAUGUUUGUGCACACUGAAGACGUGUAUACAGCGGUGCCUCAAGAUACGAGUUGACAUGGUUCUGUGACGCAGCUUGUGUUACAAAACAGCGAUUCCAAUGUGGUCAAUGUUUAACCUCUUUAAACGCCCCCUGGUGGUGGCCAAGGUAUUGUUUGUUGUUGUAUUAUAAACUAUAAUAUCCAUCCAUCUUCCUCCGCUUAUCCAAAGUCAGUUAUGUGUGACCAUGUGUGUUGACUUUUUGUGCUGGUUGAAUCUUU